GAGAGAGAGAGAAACACAUACCAUGGCUGUUGUAGCUUAAUACAUCAGUGGGGAAGUUGUUUGGUUCUCGAGCUGCAGUAGCUUAACACAUCAGUGGGGAAGUUGUUUGAUUCUCGAGAAAUGGUGGCAGACGACCAGGACCUGUUCGAGAACGCAAUGAAAGGGCAGUGGGACAAAAUCGCGGCGGCGUGCAAAGCCGAACCCUGGCUUCUCGGCAUGAAGAUCACCAAAAUCAGAAGACACCGCCCUGCACAUCGCCGUCGCUGACCCCCAAUCCGACACCGUCGGCAAACUCAUCGGGAGUUGCCUCCCCGAAGGCGACGAAUUCAAGGACGUGGCCUUCGGGAUCCUCAACGCCAAGAACGAGAACGGCGACACUCCGCUGCACAUGGCGGCGGCGCUCGGAAACGCCGACAUGUGCAGCCGCAUUGCCGGCCGCGACCGCCGCCUCCUAUUCUCCCGCAACCUGGAGAGCGAGAUCCCUCUCUUCCUGGCGGCGUUUCACGGAAAGAAGGAGGCGUUUCACUGCCUGCAUGUUCUCCAGAACGGAACGGAUUAUUGGUGUAGCAGGAAGAACAAUGGGGAUACCAUUCUUCACGUUGCCAUCUGCGGGGAGCACUACGAUUUGGCAUAUGAGAUAAUUCAAUUGUACCCACAACUUAUGAACUCGAUCAAUGAGAAUGUAUUUGUCUCCUCUUCAUAUUAUAGCCAACAAGCCUAAUGCAUUCAGAAGCACUACUCAUCUUGAACUGUUUGAUCGGAUCAUCUACAAUUGUAAGAAUUUUAACUACUAUCUCCCCAUGUUUUUUUUUUUUUUUUUUCAUUUCAAUGUCUAAAAUAAUUAAUGCAAGGGAUAAAACUCUUUCAUGUAUAGUGUUUAUUCUCAAACAUUAUUUGAGUCUUAUAAAUUAAAAGUUUCAAA